ACACCGUGGAGUCAACAUGCACCUUACAGGGGUCCUCGGGUUUUACAAACGUAUAACAAAAAUCAGCGGAAUGCGGCAUAGAGGGAAACAUCGGAUCAUUCCCCAAGUCACACCUAAAAUAAAGAUGCAAGUGGUGGAAGAUGUUUUCCUCCAAAAAAGGAAUCUGGACAUUCUAGAGAAACCAUAUAUAACAAAGGAGCAAGAAUAUGGACACAUGGCAGCUCUGGGAAAAGAAAAUGCCAGCAGAGUGAAUUUUAAAGCAAAAAUUGUGGAAGAAAAAAGACAAAAAUUUUGUCAACAUAGAUCUCUUGAAGAUCAGUUAGAACAUUUAAAUAACAAAAAAGCCUGGGAGUAAUUGCUGUAGUAGGAUCAUAUGAGAAACCAAUCUAACACAAAUGUUUGUUGAAAGGACUUAAAGGAGUGAGAACUGAAUCUGCUUGUUAAAUCACUCUUGCGUCAUGUUUUCUGCAUUUUGGUCAUAAAAGGUUAAUUUUUUCCAAAAAACUGAGAAAUCCAGUUGAAAAUGCUACAUCGUUAUUUUCUCUAUGGUUUUGGGCUGAAUGUAAAUUACUGUUCAAGAGAAAACUAUUCGAGUUUUCAUGGGAAAACUUAUUUUAUUAUUAUUGUUGUUGUUUUUCUGUUUGAAGGCCUAAUACUUCUCAUAUGCAUCCAAGGAAAAUGACUGUUCACAGCCUGAAUAUUUUCAAAGGUGUAUUUAUUUCUUAUUUGUUCAUUUUAUCAAAAUUUUUAUGUAUUAUUAAAUUUCAUAUGGCGACA